AGUUAUUUUGUUGGAGGACCAGUUGAAGCCCAGCGUGCGGGGUUGGAAGUUGUGCGGGCUGAGCGGCGGGUGUUCCAGCUGUUUUAACGCAAGAAAUCAGGAGAUAUGGCGACACGGACCUUUGGCGCGUGUGUCCUGUGUCAGCGAGCCGUCGUGCUGAGGAUGACGUGCAGGGGAAUGAGUGCAGCAGCACAGCCACAGUCCCAGGCUGAUUUCUUAAACGGAGCGCCGCACAGGAAGCACCCAGGGGCGACCAACCUGAAGACACUGCGCUUACCCGAGGAGCUGCAGAGAGCCGCCCAGGCCAUCGUUCACAGAGCCCAGGUGCCGAAGCUGACGGCGCGAGCCCACAGCCUCAGAAACUUCCUGUGGAGCCGGAAAAGAGCAGCCGAGGACGAGACGCUGAGGCAGAAAGCCAGGAACCUGGAGAAAGCUCUGUGGGAAAAAGCCCGAGAGAAAGGAGGAGAUAUAGACGAGCAGCUGCUGGAUAUCCGCAUUAAGAAGAAAGUGCUGUCAGAGCUCAAAAGAACGACAUAUCACUGGACUCCCAUAAAGUACGACGAAGAGCUGGGUGUGAUUUACAUGGUGGCUCGUCUGGCUGGAGGUUACGCUGCCGUGAGGCGAGCUCUCAACGAGAUAAAGAAGAGAGAUCCGUCCUUCGCUCCUCAGUCUCUCCUGGAUUUUGGUUCGGGGUUAGGAACGGUGGUCUGGGCUUCACACUCGUGCUGGGGGGACAGUUUGAAGGAGAUGGUGUGUGUGGACAGCUCGGGGCCCAUGAACACCCUGGCAGAGCAGCUUCUCAAAGGCGACGACGAAAAAGCCGAACCUCACAUCAAGCAAGUCUAUUUCCGACAGUUCCUCCCUGUUUCGCCCAAGGUGCAGUUUGACGUAGUGGUCGGGGCGUUUUCCCUCUCAGAACUGCCCAGUAAGAAGGAGCGAGAUGAGAUCCUGUUCACUCUGUGGAGAAAGACCAGCUCAUAUCUGGUGUUGGUUGAAAAUGGGACCAAAGAAGGCCAUCAGAUGCUUAUGGAGGCCAGAGACAUUUUAUUAACGAAGAAAGAGAAGUUCCUCUUUGACACCAGAGCAGCAUCAGUGUUCGCCCCCUGUCCUCAUGAACUGCCGUGUCCCAAGUUGGCCCGUCUGUCCCCGGUGCCCUGCAACUUCCAGCAGCCCUACCACCCUCUGCCGUUACCUGGGCGUCCUGAUCGACAAAUCGAGAAGUUCAGCUACCUGAUCCUGGCCCGAACGGAUGGAGUGGAGGCAGAGAAAGGAGGUGUGGACUGGGCCAGGCUGGUGGCACCGGUGCUGAGCAGGUCGAGGCACGUCCACUGCCAGAUGUGCUGCCCUAACGGACAGAUCCAGCAGGUGGUGGUGACUGCCAGAAAACACGGCAGAGAUGUAUAUCGUUGUGCCCGGAGCAGCGAAUGGGGAGAUCAGCUGCCAGUCAUCCAGCAGCAGGAGGCGGGCGUGCAGAGUGACCACCCAGAAGAAGGAAAGGAAUGAACCUCACAACUACAACCUACUGAGACUCAUCAUUUGUUAGCAAACUAGAACAUCUGCAUUUAUUGACAAAGAGCCAGCACACUGUCCACUUUAAGUACGCCUCGUCCUAGAUUUCCUUACUUGAAUGUUGUCUAAACCAAAACCCGUGAAGUGUCGUCGUGAUACUUUGUCAGAUGUAUUUUGUGGACAGAGCAGUUGCUUGGUAAAACGCUGACUAACCUGUUAUCUGAUGUGUGACUGUAAAGAAUACUACAGUAAAAAAAUAAAAUAUCCUGUCCAGCCAAUAAGCAAGUGCCACAUUCUGCACUUCACCCACUUUUAUUGUACACCACUUUCAAUAAAUCAUAUUCCAUA